AUGGGUAUCCUUGAAAACAUUUUCAUUCUUUUACCGCAUUACACACUUUCUUACCAGUUGCAAGAGGGCAAGAUGUUCCAUCGUUUCUUGGAAGGAUUUAUCAAAGCAGAUUCCAAUAACAUCCCCGUAGUGGAUAUUCACAUGUUUUCGGGUUACAUUAAAAAAGAUUCGAAUUUCAUUGCUCCUGAAUACGUUGCAGCGAAAAAAACUCCUGCCAAUAGUUUUUAUCGAGAAGUUGUAGAAUGGGCCAAUACUGUCACACCGCAAUCGCAAAAUUUUAGAUCUCAGAGUUCACUUUACUAUCACGUCAGUGAAGAACUGAGUUGGUGUGAUAAAGUUGAUAUUCACGUUCUAUCACUGCAAUUCAGAAGCCACCAUCAAUCGACGAAUGUAUUUGAUUUUUUAGCCUUUUCAAAAUCAUACACAACCAUGGAAAAUUGCAAAGUAGCUGAAAUGAAUACACGUGAUCAGUCAGACAAUGCUGAAUGGUUUCGACUAAGGUAUUGUCGUAUUACGGCAUCAAAAGUUUAUGAGGCGUCCAAGUGCAAUACCAUCGAUGGCAGCCUAACCAAUACUUUAUUCGGUGCUAACAAGUUACGAGAUACGAAAGUGAUGAACCGUGGAAGAAAACUCGAGCCCUUGGUGUUGAGAGAAGUACAUAUCAAAACAAAAAUGCACUUUAAAAGGUAUGGACUAUUGCUCUCCGCCGAUCACCCUGUGUUUGGCGCCUCCCCCGAUGGAAUCAGCUCUACUCAUGUUUUAGAAAUAAAAUGUCCCUUGACAGCGAAAACAAAAUUCAACUACAUUAAUGCGAAAGGAGAAAUAGUUGAAAAAGUUAAAUCUCAAAUCCAAUUGCAAAUGGCUUUUAGUGGUCGACGUAUGGGCAUUUUAUGUGUUGCGGAUCCAGACUUUGAGAAAAACAAAAGUGUUGAGAUUGUGUCCCUAUCCUAUGAUGAAGAACAUGUUAAGUGUUUGAUUGAAAAGGGUUUGCAUUUUUGGACUGAAUCUAUUUGGCCUAUUUUAACGUCAGUCUAG